AUGCACUAUGUCAAACCAGCUGAUUGUAAAGAUUUCUACAGACAACAUGAUAUCGGUGUUGGUAUAGAAGGGCCUGGGUGUCGUGCACCUGCUAGGUUUAUAGACUACACCUGGAAUCACCAUUGGGUCAGAAAUAACAUUCUGCGGAUCGGCCAACCAGCUGUCUCGAGACUAUCAGACCAAGAAAUUGUUUUGCGAAGAAGUCUUACUAGUAUUCCACGGUACGGCCCUUGCGACCUUGAAGAAAUUAAAUCCGAGCUCUUCUCAGAUGAGACGGAUAUCGAGAGGAUGUUCGAUCAGAAGACACAUAAAGUCAGCUAUAAUGCCAAGAAAGCAGUGAAGCCAAAGAUAUACCUUCGACGGUUGUGUUCGUCGCCAACACCAAUCUGCUACGCGAUGCAAACUCUCAAAUUAGACUUUUAUGUAGAUAUAUUCUUCGUAGGUUUCGUCAAGUACUCUGUUAAGGUUUACGGCAAGGAAAGACGUCUUCUUGAUAUGAAGCGCACUAUGGCUUACUUUAAUGCUAAAAAGCAGAAACCAUUUAUUUGGAGACCCGUGGCUUGA